ACCACCAAGAAAAAUAAAUUCAGAGAAAGGAGGAAGGGAGACUGGGAGAAACAGACAGGAAGGAGCCCAUCCGCGUCUGCCUCCACCCCUCGGCUCCCAGAGUCCCCGCUAGCCAAGCCCCCACAUGGCACCACCGCCCGCGGGCCUCGUGCUCGUGGCUCUGCUCGCGCUGGUCCUGGCGCUGGCGCUGGCGCCGGCGCCGGCGCGCGGGGACAAGCCGGCGAGGGGCGGGGCGUCCAGCUCCAUCGCCGCCGGGGCGGAGACGGAGCCGUCCUCCGCCGUCUUCCCGCUCUACGGCGACGUCUACCCGCACGGGUUGUACUACGUGGCUAUGAACAUCGGCAACCCACCCAAGCCAUACUUCCUGGACGUGGACUCCGGCAGCGACCUCACCUGGCUGCAGUGCGACGCGCCCUGCAGGAGCUGCAACGAGGUGCCGCACCCGCUGUACCGGCCAACAAAGAGCAAGCUGGUGCCAUGCGUGCACCGGCUGUGCGCUUCCCUGCACAACGGGCUGACCGGGAAGCACAGAUGCGACUCGCCGCACGAGCAAUGCGACUACGUGAUCAAGUACGCAGACCAGGGGUCGUCCACCGGCGUGCUCAUCAACGACAGCUUCGCGCUCCGCCUCACCAACGGCUCUGUCGCUCGCCCCAGCGUCGCCUUCGGGUGUGGUUACGACCAGCAGGUCCGCAGCGGCGACCUGAGUUCGCCUACCGACGGCGUGCUGGGGCUCGGGACCGGCUCAGUCAGCUUGCUCUCGCAGCUCAAACAGCGUGGCGUCACCAAGAACGUGGUCGGCCACUGCCUCAGCCUGAGGGGCGGCGGGUUCCUCUUCUUCGGUGACGAUCUCGUGCCUUACCAACGCGCGACAUGGACUCCCAUGGCUCGCAGCGCGUUCCGGAACUACUACUCCCCUGGCUCUGCAAGCCUGUACUUCGGCGACCGGUCACUGGGCGUGAGACUGGCGAAAGUGGUCUUCGACAGUGGAAGCUCGUUCACCUACUUCGCUGCAAAGCCAUACCAAGCACUUGUCACCGCUCUUAAGGAUGGCCUGAGCAGGACGCUGGAAGAGGAACCCGACACUUCGCUGCCUCUCUGCUGGAAAGGGCAGGAACCAUUCAAGUCUGUGCUUGAUGUGAGGAAGGAGUUCAAGUCUUUGGUGCUCAACUUCGCCAGUGGCAAGAAGACGCUCAUGGAGAUCCCUCCUGAGAACUACCUCAUUGUCACAGAAAACGGGAAUGCCUGUCUGGGCAUCCUCAACGGAUCCGAAAUCGGUCUCAAGGACCUGAGCAUUAUUGGAGACAUUACGAUGCAGGAUCACAUGGUGAUAUAUGACAAUGAGAAAGGGAAAAUUGGAUGGAUUCGUGCACCCUGUGACAGAGCCCCCAAGUUCGGAUCCUCCUCCUCCUCCGCCCUUCUGUGAUCAUUUCACACACAUCCCCUGUACAGUGUGUACAUACACCCCCAACCCCACUUAAUUCCAAUUUCUAUUUCUCCGAACAGCGACAUAAAUACGGUUCAUGGGUUUGAGGAAGGUUACUGUUGGCCUCAAUUCCUCCCGGGGAUCAUUGGUCUUCCCAACGAAGAUUGCCCAGCCUAUUACCGUUCAAACAAAGAGCGAUUUGCCAAGGCCCAAGGGGGAGGCCGCUAGAAUGACAGAAACAGCAGAAGGAUGGUCACGGAGGCUGGUGUGUGUUCUUUAGGAAAGGAGAGAAACUAGCCCAUGUAAACAUCAUAAUGUUCAUAUGAAAUAUAACGAUGAUCACCCUGUUACGAGUAC